CUCCCGGCCUCCAGUGCUGAGCCUCAUCAUCAUGAGCUCCGCCGCCGCCACCAGCCCGCUCUUCGCGCCGGGCGAGGACUGCAGCCCCGCGUGGCGCGCGGCCCCCGCGGCCUAUGAUGCGUCGGACACGCACCUGCAGAUCCUGGGCAAGCCGGUGAUGGAGCGUUGGGAGACCCCCUACAUGCAUGCUCUGGCGGCGGCCGCCUCCUCCAGAGGGGGCCGAGUCCUAGAAGUGGGCUUUGGCAUGGCCAUCGCGGCCUCCAGGGUGCAGCAAGCCCCCAUAGAGGAACACUGGAUCAUCGAGUGCAACGACGGCGUCUUCCAGCGUCUACAGGACUGGGCCCCACAGCAGCCUCAUAAGGUUGUCCCCUUGAAAGGCCUGUGGGAGGAGGUGGCGCCUACUCUGCCGGACGGUUACUUUGAUGGGAUCCUCUAUGACACGUACCCACUGUCUGAGGAGAGCUGGCACACUCACCAGUUCAACUUCAUUAAGCCCCUCUCUUCCCACGGUCCCUCUACGGCUCCUGUCCACUGGCCUCUCUCUCUGCAGAACCACGCUUUCCGCUUGCUGAAGUCCGGGGGCAUCCUCACCUACUGCAACCUUACAUCCUGGGGGGAGCUCAUGAAGUCCAAGUACAGAGACAUCACCACCAUGUUUGAGGAGACGCAGGUACCUGCACUGCAGGAGGCGGGCUUCCAGAGAGAAAACAUCCGCACAGAGGUGAUGGCCCUGGUGCCCCCGGCCGACUGCCGCUACUACGCCUUCCCGCAGAUGAUCACGCCUCUGGUCACCAAGCACUGAGCAGCUGGUCCAGUGCUAGGAGGGGCCUCUGUCCUCAUCGGUGCCUUGUGGCUGGAGUGUGCACACUCCCGCCUCUCCCUGUCCCUGCAGUGUGACACUAACCCCCACCUGACCCUGGUGUCUUCCCAGAGCUCAGGGGUAAAAAUAAAUGCUAACAGGACUAGUGGGUUGGCAGUGAGCUGGAGGUGGGGAGCACAGCUGGCUCAGGACCUGCCUCUGCUUAGCAGG